AAUCGCCUAAUCCGGUUAGAGGUUGGGGUGAGGUACAGGGGACUAGUUGGGCUGAUCUGAGACCUCGGUACCUGCGAAUUUGCGCUCACACGGAAAUCUCUAUUUCACUUUGCCCUCGGCAAUCACACUAUAGCGUUUCCUGGGUACUCGGUCUCGAAGCUAUCACCACCCCCGCCAUGCCGGGGCCUCCAAACAAGAAGCAGAAGCGGGAGAGCUACCGCCAGGCUCAGCGAGAAAAUGGGGCCGCCCAUAUGCCCCAGAAGAGGUUCUAUCGCCAGCGGGCUCACGCAAAUCCCUUCUCGGACCAUAACUUGAUAUAUCCUGCGAGGCCAGAGGACAUGGACUGGUCUGCGCUCUUCCCGGCAUUUAUUGCCGAUAUCCAACCUGGCCCGUCGGGAACAGAUGGUUGUGCCGAGACAGUAGCCACGGCCGCAUCGGCACCGCAGAAGCUCUCGAAAGAUGUCGAGGUGGUGGAUAUUGGAUGCGGUUUUGGCGGUCUGCUCGUGGCUUUGGGCCCCCUCAUGCCAGACACGCUGCUUCUUGGCAUGGAGAUCCGGACCCAGGUCACUGAAUUUGUCCAGGACCGGAUUAAGGCGCUGCGGGUGCAGAAUGCGGACCGGAAGCUGUACCGGAACAUUGCCUGCCUGAGGGCGAACACGAUGAAAUUCUUGCCCAACUUUUUCCGCAAGGCGCAGCUGGCUAAGAUCUUCAUCUGCUUUCCCGACCCGCACUUCAAGCAGCGCAAGCACAAGGCCCGGAUCGUGUCCGCCACGCUCAACUCUGAGUACGCAUACGUCCUGAAGCCCGGUGGGAUCGUGUACACCAUCACAGACGUCGAGGACCUCCACGGCUGGAUGGUCCAGCAUUUCAACGCGCAUCCCGCGUUCGAGAGGGUGCCCGAGGAAGAGCAGGAGGCGGACGCUUGCGUCGAGGUUAUGAGGAUGGAAACCGAGGAGGGGAAGAAGGUCGAGAGGAACAAGGGCCCCAAGUUCGUCGCCCUGUUUCGGCGCUUGGAGGAUCCUCCGUGGUGAGCUCGUGUACAUACACAGGUGUAGGCAUUCUUACCACCAGCAUCUAAACUGACUGGGCCACAAUCCGUAGCUUGAUAUUACUAGGAUACUCGAAAUACUACGGGAACAACGCUACAUUGGCGGGGGGCCAUCUUUCCGGGGGUCGGAGGUUUCCAUGAAUAUUCCCGGAAUUCCACGUCAGUUCGUCCUAGGCGACGCCGCUCAAGCAGCCACGACUUUCCUAUAUUAGGAUAACCCACAGCAUGUAUGCAUUUAGCUGGGUAGUUCACGCCUCACGCUUCGAAGAAUAAAUAUGCUUGCUGCUUACGACCGUACCGACGACUACCCAUCCAACACCAGCUGUUUGGCUAAGGUAUGCUGCAUGUAAUGUCUGGGGUACAUGCUGUAUGUGGGUUUGGUGCCUGUAGCCGU